UGAUACCCUUAUCGACUAUAUAAAAGUCGUAGAUUUUUCUAAAUAUGUAUCAGUUACUUGUUGGGCUUAGGACAAAGCUAAACAAACCUCAACACAAAAUGUACUCGAAGGUGCUUUGCCUCGCUACCCUUCUGGCUGUGGCUGCCGCUCACUAUGGUCACUCAUCGCAGUACAUCUCUCGCCACGACGGGCCGGCGCAUCUCGUGCCCAUCCACGGACACCAUGGCCAUCAUGACCAUGACUACUAUGCUUACCCUAAGUACGAGUUCGAGUACAAAGUAGACGACCCGCAUACCGGUGACCACAAGACCCAGCACGAGCACCGCGAUGGUGAUGUCGUCAAGGGCUUCUACAGCCUGCACGAGCCCGACGGUUCCAUCAGACACGUCCACUACCACGGCGACAAGCACACCGGAUUCCACGCUGACGUUAAGCACAGCACCCACCACAUCGUGCCCCAUCAUCAUGUAUUCCUUACCGUCAUUACCCUGGCCAUGGCUGCAGCCAGGCCUCAAGAAGGGCACCAUCACGGGCACGGACACGCAUAUUCCUCUCAGAGCAUAGUGCUUCACAAAAGCCAUGGACAUGACCACGAGCAUAAACACCAUGACCACGCUGCUCCGCAGCAGUCUGGCAGCGAGAAGAAACAGGAGGAACAUCACCACGAUUACUAUGCGCACCCUAAGUACGAGUUCGAGUACAAGGUAGAGGACCCGCACACCGGCGACAAGAAGUCCCAGCACGAGUCCCGCGACGGCGACGUCGUGAAGGGCUACUACAGCCUGCAUGAUGCUGACGGCACCAUCAGGAUUGUUCACUACUCCGCCGAUAAACACAGCGGUUUUAACGCUGAGGUCAAGAGGGAAGGUCACGCUAAGCAUGUAAUCCCUACGCACCAUCAUUGAAAACUCUACUCGUUGUAUUACUUUGUUGCCUAUUGUUAAUAAAUUUUAUGAAAUGUACUUGUUUUUUUAUUCAUGUUUUAUUUUUGAUACUGCGGUUCAAAAUCUUAAUGUGCAAAGUUUACACAAUUCAGAUAGGAGUAGUUGCUCAUAUCAGGUGAACUUUUUUCACUCCA